AUGUCUGAGCAACAAGGUAGUCAUCGCGAUAGUGGAUCCUCAUUGUCCGCUCUUGUCUCAACACUCGUGCCCAGUUUUGUCGUUGCUGUUGCUCUGGUUGUCCUAUUCUUGGUAUUGCGUAACAAGCAGAGGCGUCUCUAUGCUCCACGAACAUAUCACGAUUCACUUCUAGAAGAUGAGAAAACACCUCCAGCAGGCCAGGGUUUCCUAGGCUGGAUCAAGAAGUUCACCAACUUGAGUGACGAAUAUGUCCUCAAUCACCACUCUCUCGAUGCAUAUCUAUACAUGCGUUUCCUCAAGGUACUUACCCUGAUGGCCUUUGUAGGUGUCAUUAUUACCUGGCCUGUUCUAUUCCCUGUCAACGCCACAGGUGGAGGCGGUGAAUCUGGUCUGGACAUUCUCAGCUUCUCCAACAUCGAGAAUGAAGUACGCUACUUUGCCCACGCAUUGAUUGCUUGGGUUUUCUUCGGCUGGGUAUUAUUCCUCAUUGGCAGAGAAAUGCUGUACUUGGUCACACUCCGAAGAGCGUACUUCUUGACCACAUGGAAUGCGAGUCGCAUCUCCCAACGUACAGUCCUCUUUACCGAUAUCCCGCAAGAGUCUUUAUCUCUCGAAGAACUUCAUACUAUGUUCCCUAGAGUCGCCCAAAUAUGGCUCGUUCCCAAUGUAAAUGAUCUAGAUGAUGAUGUCUCAGACCUUGACAAGGCGAUCAUCAAACUUGAAGCCAGCGAAACAAAGUUUAUGCAAAAAGUCACUAAACAGCAACAGAAGAAGGGCAGUGAGAAAGGAACAUUCGACAAGGCAUUGCGCCCAACACACAAGACCAAGUUUUUGAUCGGUAAAAAGGUGGACUCAAUUGACUACUUUCGCAACCAGAUCGAGGAGCUACUCCCCAAAAUCCAGACAGCACAACGCUCGCAUAUCGCUGGGAAGGAAAAGCUCGACAGCGCAGUAUUCAUCGAAUUUGACACUAUACUUGCGGCAGAGACCGCCUUCAACGCAAACCAACAUCGCAGACCCACCAAGUUUAGCUCUAGACAGAUGGGUGUUCUGCCAGAAGAAGUCAUCUGGAAGAAUCUCAACAUGGGCUCCAAAAGCAGAUCUCUGCGCCACCUCAUCGCCACAAUCUUCAUUUCAGCUAUGAUUCUCUUCUGGUCUAUACCCGUUGCUGUAGUUGGUUCCAUCAGUAAUAUCAACUACCUCACAGAGAAUGUUCCGUUUUUGUCAUUUAUCAACGACAUUCCCGAGGUUAUCCUUGGCGUCGUGACUGGACUCUUGCCAGUCGUUGCCCUCGCUAUCCUCAUGGCUUUGGUUCCCGUCAUCUGUCGCGUCGUUGCCAAGUUGGCCGGUGCAGUCACCAUCUCCCAGGUCGAGCAACAAACACAGAAAUGGUACUUUGCUUUUCAAGUUAUCCAAGUAUUUCUCAUUACAACAUUUACUUCAGCUGCCGCGGCAGUAGCCAGCCAGAUCGUCUCAGACCCCACAAGUGCCGUCGGUCUGCUGUCUAAGAACUUACCAAAGGCCUCCAACUUUUACAUUUCAUAUUUCAUCCUCUUCGGUCUAGCUAUAUCGUCGAAAUAUCUCUUCAAUAUCGGGGGCUUGGUGGGUGUCUUUAUUCUAAGCAAAUUCGCUAAAACGCCGAGGAAGAAGUACAACCGUUAUGUGGCACUGGGCGAGCCAUCCUGGGGUGCAGAGUACCCAAAAUGGACAAACUUGGGUGUCAUUGCCAUCUGCUACGCCACGAUUGCGCCGCUCGUUCUUGGCUUUGCAGCUGUCGGUAUCGGAAUGAUUUACGUUGCGUUCCGCUAUAACAUGAUGUACGUUCACGAUACGCACAUCGAUACCAAGGGAGGCUUCUAUGCGCGCGCUUUGGAGCAGCUCAUGGUAGGAGUGUACCUUGGAGAACUUUGUCUACUGGGACUUUUCGGUAUUGGUAUCGGCGGUAGCAUUACCUCUGUUGGGCCGACAGUACUUCAAAUGGUUCUGAUUGUUGCAACGGUCAUCUUCCACAUCUUCAUGAAGCGAAAGGUCAAGCAGUUGAACCUUCUCGAAGACUCGGAGCAUUCUGGGCAGCAGAGCAAUGCAGAGGCCGGACAUUUGUCUGCCACUAAACGCAUGGCCCCUGGAUGUCAGAAAGAUGGAGUUCGGUCUGAACAAGCUCUUGUUUCGCGCUACAAUAAUGAGCAGCGAGCUGUUAAUGGCUAUGAAGCUACUGGUAUUGCACCUCCUGCCGACACCCCACCACAGCGAUCGUUGCUAAAGAGAAUAUUCGCUCCACACACGCUGUCUACUAGCGAAAUCUCUGCAUCUCUCGCAGCUCGGCUUUGUCGCCCUGUUGCACCAUACACGGAAAAAGAAGUACUUGAGGCCUACCUGCAUCCAGCCUUAGCUGAACGCCAAGACGUCAUAUGGCUCCCCACGGAUCGUCCCGGCGUCAGCAAGCGUGAGGUUGCUGAGUUACAGGAGAACCUUGGCACAUUUGGAACUCGAGUCACGGAUGAAGGCGCUAUCAUGAAUGAGAAGGGCAAGGUAGAGUGGGAUGUUGACAGUGUACGGGAGGCGCCGCUCUGGAAGCAUCGGGUUAUUUAUUAA